GAAACUUCUAAAUCCAUGCAUCAGCUACUUAUUAGUAUUAUUCAGCAAAAAAAGGAGUUGGAGAGACUGAUCAAAGAGAGGCCAAUCAUUUUGACAUUUUUGUCUUUGUCUCUUAAGACAAUAAUUUAAGAUUUAGUUUUGUUUUUCAUUAUCGAUCCCAAGUUUCCAACCCCAAAAAGUCUCUCAAUAAAAGGGCACUUUGGAAGCCUAUAUACCACCACACCCACCAUCACCCAAGUCCCAUUUAAAUAGAGCCAAACACCAGAUCCAACAAAAACACAACCCUCUAGAGAGAGAGAGAGAGAGAGAGAGAGAAUGGGGAGGGCUCCUUGUUGUGAUAAGGCAAAUGUGAAGAAAGGGCCAUGGGCGCCAGAAGAAGACUUGAAGCUUAAAGAGUUCAUAGACAAAUAUGGGACUGGUGGAAACUGGAUUGCUCUCCCUCAAAAAGCUGGUCUAAAGAGAUGUGGAAAGAGCUGCAGGUUGAGAUGGCUGAACUAUCUGAGGCCUAACAUAAAACAUGGUGAAUUUUCUGAGGAAGAAGAUAGGAUUAUCUGCACCUUGUUUGCUAGCAUUGGAAGCAGGUGGUCAAUUAUAGCAGCUCAGUUACCGGGCAGAACCGACAACGACAUCAAGAACUACUGGAACACCAAGCUCAAGAAGAAGCUUAUGAUCGGAAACAUGGCUCUUAACAAUAAUCCACUAAACCACAAAAAAUUACCACCAUACCCUCCACCACCACAACUUCCCUCAUUCUACAAUUACAGCCCAUUGAUCAAGUCUCUCAGUUGCCUUGAAACUUCAUUCAUCCCACCACCUAACCCUAUUUUCCACCACCACAGCAGCUAUGAUAAUUACGAUUUUACCCCUUCUUCUGUACCAACAUCAAAUGGCUCCUCUCUCAAUCUUCAACCCCAAGAGAGCUUUUUGUUCAAUGCCAUGCAACAGCACUAUUACCCACCAUUGAAAGAAGGGUUCUUGGUGUUCGGAUCAGGAGAUCAAGCUAGUUGUUCAUCUAAUAACUCUGAUGGAAGCUGCAGUCAAAUUAGCAGCCAUGGAAAAGGUCAGAUCAAGCAAGAGGAAAAUAUGGGUCUUUUGGGUUUGGAAGAGAACCAAAGGUUCAUUGUUGACUAUGGCAACAACAAUGGAGGUGAUCCAAAUGAAAACCACAUGUUCCCUACUACUACUCCUACUACUACUACUACUACUACUACAGCAUGGAGUACAGAUGAUCAUCAGAAGUACACGACUACAAAAGGGUAUUUUGGGAACAGUGGUGGUAUGAGUCCAUUGGAGUAUGGACUGGAGCAAGUUAAACAGCUGAUUACCAACAAUAGCAGUAGCAGCUUCUUGUUUAAUGAUGAGAACAAGACAGCUGAGGAAGAAGAAGAAGAAGAAGCAGAAGGAGAAGAAGGAGAAAAUACCAUGUACUACUACUACUGAUCAUCUUUAUGAUAUUAUUAACUGACUGUGUUGUAAGUACAAAAUCAGAAGGAAGGUUUGAAUGGGCAUGGUGUGAGGAGGAGGGGAAGGAGAUUUUUCAGAUAUGACUUUUGUUCAGUUUCUGGGGUUUUGUGUUUUCUGAUGGAUAUUGAAAAGAAAAACAUUUCUUCUUC